AUGGACUUUUACCGAUACAUUUUAACUUGUAUAGUGGACACGGAUUAUAAGGAUUGGAAUGUUUUAAACUGCCUUAACUAUCUGAAGGAUCAUAAUCAUUUACAAUUUACUUCCGAUAGUAAACAAGAGAUCUUAAGUGCAUUUACAAGUGUCUUUAAGAAAAUUAGUGAGUCUUGUACUAUAAAUUCUAGGGUAACAAAAAAGGCGAAAAAAUUAUACGAUAAUGUCCAUGAGACUUUUCAAAGAAGAGAGAUUACUGAAUUUUUUGAAAAAGUGGAUCGAGAGUUUGAAGAGAGGCGAAAUGAACGGGAACUUGAAAAGUGUUUCGAUAAAAAUGGAUGUGAACUUUUAAUUAAGUCUAGCGAUUUUCACACACUGAAACUUUCAUCGCGUUAUGCAGGAAAAUCAGAAGAAUUGCCAGAAAAAGAUGAGUCGGUAUCCGACAGAAGUGAUCUUUUUUUAAGAAAAAAACGUAGUAUUAAUUACAAUGAGGAACGUAUGAUAAAGAGGCUACAUCGAGACAGGGAAACCACACCAUCACCAUGCAGUCCAAAAUUGCAUCUAAUGGAUAAUCCAUUUAUUGAAGAUAAGGAGGAUGACGUCAUAAUUAUUGAUGAUGUAGAUGAACUGUGCUUUGAAGAGGGGGACCCAGCAAAUGAUCUUAAAGUAGGAGAUACUAAUGUGGCUCAGUUAUUCCGGAAGUAUCAAAAUGAGUCAUUAAAGAUUGCAAAUAAUGGUGGUUUACUUGUUGAAUCAAAUGUACAUGAAAUAUUGUCUCUGUCUUCGAUAUUUCUUCUUACUCCAGGCUCACACCCAAAUACGAUGAUUGAUAUAUUUAGUUCAUCUUUACUUGAUGAAGUACACGAAAAAGUAAUCUCGAUACAACAAUCAGAAUUAGAUCCUGAUUGCGAAUUAAAGUUUAGGAAAGCGGCCAAGAAAGCAAUUAAAGAGUCACGUGAGUGUGCUGUAGAUUGGCUGUGGACGGAACUUUCAAACGAUCAAGCCUUAAAGGAGAACUUGGGCAUUGUAUUCUUAGAGUGUUUGAGAUCGUUACCCACGACAAAGAUUAAAAAUCAACCUAGCGAAAUAACGCUGAUCACAAAUCAUCUAGACCAUAUAAUGAAAAUGCUGCAUAAUCCAGAUAAACACAUUGUUGAGUGGCCCAAUACAGGUCUUGAUGAAAGCAAGGCGAGAAAACUCCAAGGAAGAAGCAAACAACCGGACUUCACAGUAUCUAUUAUACAUCAGCUGCAGGAUAAUGGUGUUAUAUUCGUGGGUGAGGUCAGCCCACCUUCAGAAAAAAACAAUGUGUAUAAGAAUUGUAAUGACUUAAUUCGUGUUGGUGUUUUUAUGAAAGAUUGCCUGGAUUCUGCCAUAGGCAAGGGUGCCGAUAUAAAGGUGCUAGGUUUCCAAUGCAUUGAUCAUACAAUUGAUUUUUAUGUGAUGGAUCUUGUUCAGGGAAUUUAUAUCUUGAUUAAGAUAGGACAAGUGGCAAUUCCUACUUCCUUGAAGGAAGUAUCGACUUUUAUUGAGGAUAUGGAAAUCCUUCUAAUAAUACGAAAGGUUUUUCAGCAAUCAUUUGAUAAGUUUUUUGACAAACUUUGCAAUCCGAGUUUGCCAUCAGUAAAAGCAAGCCUUAGACGUGAUACACUUAGAACACCCAAGUUUAGACAGCUUGUAAGUAAAACACGUAAUUGCCGUAGAAACUGUCCAUUCUGGUUUGGACGUGAUAAUAGAUGA